AUGAGUCAGGAGAAACCUAAAAGGGACGAAGGAAUAAAAUACGGAGAUGAAUUCAACGUACAGGGAGACAUUGAAAGAAAGACGGUGGCGCCGGAGGACGCAGUAAUGAUGCAGAAAGACGGUGGUGUCGGCAUAACUGAAACCGAUGUUCCAGGGCGGCAUGCUAUCUCGGAGCCUAUCGGUGGCCAGGCGGUGGAGCAAUUUAGUCAAAAUGCGGCGAUGAAUACGAUGACGCCACUUUCUCUUGUUGAGAGAAUGGGCGUCGGAGCUGGUGGUGGGAGCACCCCUGGGAUAACCAUAGGGGAAGCACUCGAAGCCACUGUCCUGACAGCAGGAAAGAAACCCGUGGGAUGGAGCGACGCAGCUGCUAUUCAAGCAGCGGAAGUUAGAGCCAGCGGACGCACAAACAUCCUCCCUGGCGGUGUUGCCGCGGCGGCACAAUCAGCCGCGACGCUCAAUGCUCGAUUAACAAAGGAUGAUGACAAAACCAAACUCGCUGAUGUUCUUGCGGAUGCGACUACGAAGUUACCGGGGGAUAGAGCAGCGACGAGGAGAGAUGCUGAAGGUGUGACGGGCGCAGAAAUGAGAAAUGAUCCGUCGCUAACUACUCAUCCUGGGGGAGUGGCUGCGUCUGUGGCAGCCGCAGCUAGGCUUAACCAAAAAAAAUAA